AUGGAGCUGCGACUGGCAAACAUUGUUUCAAACCUGCUGCUGUUGCUGUUCAAUUCCCUCUUCGGCGACGUCGAGAAAUUCAUAACGAAGGUUCGAUUUCUCCUAGGAAGUUUUUCGACGAUUUCGUCAAGCCCUUGUAAUGAACAAGUCCUCCAUGCUUCGAAGGUUGGAGAAGGAAUGAGCAUUGCAGAGAUGAAUAUGGUGAUGAACAGAUUAGGAAUGACGAGCAUUAAUGGGAAUUCAAGCGUCGGAGACCAAGAUUUGGCAGCGCUGUUUGAGGAGGAAGAGCCCAGUUUCGACGAGAUUAAGGAAACAUUUAGGAUUUUCGAAGCAAAUAAUGAUGGGUUUAUAGAUGCUAGUGAUUUGCAUAGGAUUGUUUCCAGCUUAGGGUUGAAGGAAAGGUAUGAUUUGGAGGAGUACAAGAGGAUGAUCACAGCCUUUGAUACUAAUGGAGAUGAGCUCAUUGAUUUUCAAGAGUUUCUCAUAUUUACGGAAAAAUGCCUUUGUUAA